UGAUAUAGCACGGGACUACACCCAGGCGCUGUCUCAGUUCGUCGGCUUUCUUUCCUGCCCGAGCUGAGAUUUCAUACAAGCCCACGAGCCGGACAACACAGGAGACGCCAAAACCCUCCAUCCGUAGAACACUCGUGAGAUAUAUACCAUUUGUAGCGUUAAAUCCACUCGAGUGGGUGUAGUGUAUUCUAUAUAACCUUUCAAAUCACAGAAAAAUGUCUUGGCAAAGCUACGUGGAUAACCUGAUGGCCGAUGGCAGCUGCCAGGAUGCCGCCAUUGUUGGCUACGCGGACGCCAAAUACGUUUGGGCAUCGUCAGAGGGUGGUACUUUUAGCGGUAUAACGCCUGAUGAAAUCGAUGUCAUUGUUGGCAAAGACCGAGAGGGCUUCUUUACCAAUGGGCUGACUCUAGGGAAAAAGAAGUGUUCUGUGAUCAGAGACAGCCUUCAUGUGGAAGGGGACUGGACAAUGGACAUCAGGACAAAGAGUCAUAAUGGAGAGCCGACGUACAAUGUUUCCAUAGGCAGAGCUGGCAAAGUCUUGGUUCUUGUAAUGGGCAAAGAAGGGGUCCAUGGAGGCGGAUUGAAUAAGAAGGCAUACUCAAUGGCAAAAUACUUGAGGGAUUCAGGGUUCUAAUGUAAUUAAGCUUGUUUAGUUUCACUUGAGGGACAGAAAGAAGAAAGAAGUUUGCUGUUAAGCUUUCUCCUUCAAGCAGUUAAAGUCUUGAAAAAAUUUAAUAGCAAUCAAGGGAAGAAUGGUAAUAUCCUAUAAUGUCCCCGUGUCAUCGGGGGGAAAGACUUUUUUUUUUUUCUUUUCAGUUUUGUUCAUUUGUCGUCUUUUUUUCUUUCCUUAUGUACUCCAGUAUUGGUUUUAGUCAUGGGAAAGGAAGGUACCCACGGAGGAUCGCUCAACAAGAAAGGAUUUGGCAUGGCUGAGUACCUGAGGAAAGUUGGAUACUAAAGCAGCCCCUUCCCAUCCAUCCACACAGCAGCUCACUUUAAUACACCACAGCACCCAGCCAUACACCCACCCCACCCCUCCCACACCCUCAUCCCCACCCCUUUUAGUCAACUUGACAACACUACCAGAAAAAGUUAGUAGAUGGAUAAUUUUUUCUCUCCAACUCUGUCCAUUUUUUUAUGAGGCUUUUUCUUUUGUUUAAUGUUCCUUGUUCUUUAUUUUGAUUACUUUAUUGUGCCACAGUAAAUCAAGCAUGUUGAUUUUUAAGGUUUAUUCAAAACAGCACUACUGUACAUACCAUUAAACCUAAAAUGAAGAAUUUUUAGAAAUUGGACAACUCUGAAUUUGUAUAAAUUCAACACUAAAUGAAGUCACUGCAUUGUCCAAUUUUUCCUUAGGCACUGCUUAUGAACCAGCUUAAAAUAGAUUGUUGCCUCUCAAGUGCUUUGUGCCCUUGCUGAGCUUUUAUGGUCUUCCUUGUAUACAGCAUGUCCAGGAUGGAAAAAGUGCAUGCAUAUCUUAUAGGUCAAUAUCAUAGUUUUCCAAAAACUUAACUACACCACCUUGUCUCAGCUUUGAAAAUGAAGUUAACCGGCCACUUUUUAUUAUUAUUUUUUUUGUUUUUUGUUUGUUUUAUUUUCAAUUUAAUCCCAAAUUGCAUUAGCCCACCUCAGUCCCUGCCCCGUGAACUGCACCACCUACUCCCAACCUUAUAGCUUAUGUUUGAGUACCUAAUAUCAAAUGCUUUUGCUGUUGUAUUUGGAUGUGGUCUUGCAAGUCAUUGGUCUAAUGUUGGAAUAUUUUGAGUGUGUGGCAGAUCAGCAUUUACAAGGUUUGGGUUUACUUGUUUCCCAAGAGCCUUUGCAUCCCGGACUCUGUACGGACAUUCCACCGCUACAAUAGCUCAGGCACUUAUAAUUGUUGUUUGCCAGCUCAUGUAGGAUGUUUUUCUUUUAUUUGUUAGGUUUUUUUGUUUGUUUGUUUGUUUUAGUGAAAGUGCUGCCAUCCCAAUGUAACACUAUGGUUUUGUCCAUUUCACUUUGGUUUCUCCAAUAGGACCAAUUUGUUUGUUGCAUCCGAUGGGAUUAACAGAAUUGCUCCAAACUAUUGUUGUGAAGGAUGACUGCUAGCUUCAUCUGUUGCUGACUUUAUAACACUAAAUUUUCAACACUUCAAGUACACGAUGUAACACCAAGUUCAUUUAUAUUAAACACUAUUAAUGGCUUAACAGUUUGAAAUAAAAUGUAUGUAAACUACCUGAGAAUUUCUCUCAUGAAUGUCUUGAAUAGAUGAAAUGGCAGUCUUAUUGUUAACAUCAGCCACCUCAAAAUUCUUAAACACAUUUGACUUUUAAUCUGUUUUUCCAAGUAUGAAAUCAUUUGGAAGUCAUUGCCUUGUAAACUACUUUAUUGCGAUGUAUCAAAUUGUCAUAGCACGGUACAAAUGCUUCAUUAAAUAGACAAAAAAAAAGAAACUGAAGUAAACUGUGUACACUAACUUUUCUGGGAAAUGGUGGUAUUAGUUGGAUUAAGACCACUAGUCAAAGUCCGUUGUAUUGUGGAAACUUGUUUAAAAAAAAAAAAUAAAGCUGUGUAUCCUGUGCCAUAAUGUAGAUCUGAUCUGUUGCUACUGUGAGAUGGAUUUUAACUGCUGCCUUGUUGAGAAGUCAAUGCUUCAAUGGCACCGUUGGGAUAUUUGGCAUAAAUUCAAACUCCAGGGCUUGUGGAAAAUGUACAGAUUAAAGAGAAACAUCAAAUUA